GCUGCUGAGCUAACAGCUGCACCGAUUGUGUUUUGGUUUUGUUUUGCCUCCCAUGUGCCGCUAUCAUGAGGUAGGAAACACAACAGCCUAACCUUUCAAAUCAUGUCUGCUCAGUUGUGGCUGGCGCUUCAGACGAAGCUGCGGCUUUGCCUGAAGCUGCUGUAGCCUGUCAGCUAACAGCUAGCUCCAUUGCAAGAUCAGCAUCUAAUGUAUGCGGGAUGCGCAACCAUUGCGGAUGUGGUGCAGAAAAAAAUGCGCAUCGAUGCGACAGAAUACAGAAGUCAACAUGACGGCCAAAUACGAGCACGUUAAUGUUACUAUGAGGCACAGUUGUAAAGGUGUGUUGUGUUUGUUGUUGUAUUUCAGCUGUGGAGGCGAUGCUCUGCCUGGAUGAUGCAGCCGGACGCUUACAUGUAGCACUCAGCCUGCUCCAGUUUCUUUCCUCGCAGUGUAUGUUUGCAGUAACAUAUCAGUGUAAAUAAAAUGAUAGAAAUGGAUUCAAGCGGCUGCUGCUAACCAUGAAGAUCUUCAUGCUGUAAUCAGACACCCUGAUUGUCACUAAGAUGCAUUAAUGACUUGAUUCAUUUAAUGGAUAGUUUUAAAAACAGUAUUUCAAGAAACUAUAAUUCUGCAUAUCACAACAAAUCACCCCCUCAUGAUCUGAUACAGUAUACUGAAUAGCUAAAAUGUCUUUGGCAGUAGGUCCAGUGAUACCUUGAACUUGUGUUAAUGGGGCCUCAGCUGUCGAUAUCAGAAUUGGCCCACCAGUCAGUUCUGCUGUAAAUCAGGUCCAACCCAUGACUGAGUACUACGAGGAGGGGGGGCUGCUGUACGAGCAAUCACCUCCCAUGCACAUCAAAGUGGAGUCUCCGGAGGGACCCUUUGGAGGGGGAAUCUCAGAAAACGGCUUCCCUAGGGAGGAUGACGACUCGGAGGGCAGCUGUGACCAGAGCAGUGGAUUACCUGGGGGACUCCCUUUCAAUGUGGUAGUGGUGCACCCGAACAUCAUGGCACCUGGCAUGUCCUCAGACGACCUCUUGUCCAUUGAACAAAACAGAGCUAUGUCAGCUGCACUGGCUGCUGGUGGUGCAGGGAAAAGAAAGAGUCGUUUCAGUGGAGCAGAGCUGGAGGUGUUGGUGUCAGAAGUCACUCGGUGUGAGGGAGAGCUUUUCGGUCCUGCAGGGAGGCUCAGACGACGGGAGAGAGAACGUAUCUGGGCAGGAAUCCUUGAGAGAGUCAACGCUGUGUCCAGAGUCCCACGCACGCUUCGAGAGGUGAAGAAGCGUUGGGAUGACUUAAAGAGACGCAACGGAGGCAGGCUAGCCGAUGCCCGUCACCGAACCUGUUACUUGCCAUCCAGCAGAGGGGCAUCGAUGCUCGGCCGUCCUUCCCAGUCAAGUCCCAGGCUUCAACAUGCCAGGCAAAAGCAAAGCACCAGACCAAAGCCCAGUUUCCCAUGCUUCCCCGACUCUGAUACUGGUAAAAGUAUUGGAGUGGAAGGGUCAGAGAGAGAUUGUUUGGAAAAGGAUGAGGACAAUCCUGAGCGUGACAGAGAUGUAGGCGACCCUGAAUGUGAACCAGUAGAGAACAGCAUGGAGGACAAACUGGGAUUAGGACUGGGUCUGGGCAUUGGACCACCCCCUCCAUCAGAACGAUGGCUGCCUCCUUCUCCGCUCUACAGUGCUCCUUUCCUCAAUGGUAGCCCCCAGCCUAGCAGUCCUCAGCCAUCACUUGGGGCACAGCAAGGUCCUCUUGAAGCCCCAACGCGCAGCUCCUGGCUUGAAGAUGAGCUACGAGGGUUAGGGGAAGCAGCAAUUCAACUGGGAAAUCGGGUAGAGAAGAGUCUGCGGGAGUUUGGGGACAGUUUCAGACAGGACAUGAGGACACUUGUCGCUUCGCAAGAGGCAUUAGCGGUCAGCUUGCAGCAAAACAAUGUCCUCUUGCAAAGGCUGUUAGGAGUGCUGGAGGCCCAGCAACAACCACAGCCACAGCAACAACAUCGUGUACAACAAGCACACCAAUCACAAACAUCUCAACAGCACUUACAGCCACAGCCGGCUCAGACACAGCAGCAGCUACAACACAUAGAACCCCAACAGCAGCAACAGAGAAUUGAAGCACCCCAGCAACCACAACUACAACAGCCUCAUGUAGUACAGCAACAACACCAAACGCAAAUACAUCAGCCACAGCAUUCAAAUAAUCAGUCAGCUGUAGUGACGGUACCUGCACCAUCGUCACCCGACGUACAUGGCACUUUUUCCUCUGAUCCACCCACUGGCACGAAUGGCAGUGUGCAGAGGCCGCGACGCGGAAGAGCUGUCGAUCACAGGCGCAGAAGACGACGCUGAUCAGAAAGUAAAAUAGAAAAAAUAAAAACUCAAAGUGCACAUCACGCAUCAUUUGGUGUUUCAAACUGUGACAAGAAAUCAUGCCCUUUUUCUAAUGACAGUAUUUAUUUAAAAGUUAAUUGGAGUCUUGCUUCUGACUCCAAGUCAGUAAUCCAUCUUGUACUUAAGUUUGUCCUCAGAAAGGACUGAAGUGGAUAAGAAAAUUAGACACAUGAGACAAUAGGGUGGCCUUAAUGUUAGCCUGGGUUUUCAGACAUACAUAUUCUUGUGCUAGAAGACUUCCUGACAAACAGUUGCUCUAUGGAGCUUCACCCAUGGGACUCACAUUCCCCAGUCAACGACAUACUGUAGGUGCUGAUGUUUAACAUGCAUGUCACAGUACAUGCUUUACAGCAGAGCUGUGAAGCUCAUGAUGCUGUUAAUAGUUAAGUACUGUCUAAAAUGCUCCUGAUACACUAACUACAUUGUCAUCAAGUACUUGUAAUCUGCAGUUGUUACCAUAUAUUGUAGUUAUACAGCUAUUGUAAUUACCUGCUAAUGUAUGCUUGUGUUUUUUAACAGUUUCAUGGUACAUACUUUUCCAGCUUUGGUUGGACAAUAAAGUUAGACUGUGUUCUGUUCAGUGUAUUUUGAGACAAAAAUGUUUUGCAGAGUUGCCAGUUUUUGGUGAUAUGAAAACAAGAACCCUUUGAGCAUAAGCAACAGUAGGCUUCAGAUUUUAAUUAAUCUAUUUCUGGUGGAAUUUAAAAAGCAUACAUCAGUAUGUAGGGCUAUUUAUUAUAUUCUUGCAUGCAGUAUGAUGGAUGUAUUUGUAGGUAGUUGCAAAGAAACAGCAUAUGGCCAUCAUCUACGUAGUUUUGCACAAGCUAUAUUUUGUAGAUAGCUACUGUUCUGAUGAAAUGUAACUCAACUUUAAUAAAAAUCAGACAUGGACUACAAAUUA